AUGCUCAUAACUAGGUUCAACACUAUUGAAGAGAUGGUGUCUCCCUACAGUUCUGGCAGUGGUUCUGGAAGUGUGGAUUUACAGCUAAGCAACUUGGAAGGGAUGAAGAAGAAUUCAAGGAACCUUGAUGUCAUAGACUCAGACAUUUCUGAUAUCCCUGGAACUUCUCUAAAAGUUGUUACAGAAAACGUCAUACAAUCGGAGCUUGAGGGGACCCCAGGUGUGAUUAUAAUAGAAAGGAUGAUAAAUUCCAUUCAGGACUAUCUUAAUGGUGAUCGGAAGGGUGAUCUCGAAAAGCUGACAUUCUUGUGAUCUUUGUCCACUCUCAGCCGAACUUUAUCCUAUGAUGAAACCACUGAAUCGUUCAUCCAUGAACACAUCUCACAAAUCUUGGAUGCUAUAACUAUGCUCAUUCAACAGGAACCACUUCACUCUCUCUUUAGUCCUGUGUGCCAGGAAGUCUUCAUUGCUAUCACUGACCUGAGUUACCAGGAUGUCAAUUUGCUGCAUGGGUCUGAAGAUAGAUCUGACUUGUUCAAUGUUCUUAUUAAAAGCAUAAUAACCCUGCCCUCCAUAAAGACUUUAAAUAUACUUCAAACAGUUAUGCCAAGUGGACAAUACAACACAGAGUCUCUCUACAGGCAGACAUUUCAGGCAUUCUGUGAAAUGCUUCAGUGUAUGGUGAUGCAAGAUCCACAUUCAGAAAAUCUUGGUCGAAUUUUGGAGCACAUGGAGCCAUGGUUACGGUCAGCAAAAGACCAUGAACGUGAAAGAGCUACAGUCAGCGUGUCUCAAAUGCUGGGAUGCCUAUCUAGACAUCUCAACCUGCAACCCCCUCUGCAGUUUCAAAAACUGGGGAACCUGGUGGCUCUGAUGGCCCUGCUUUGUGGGGACCCGGUGGAGGAAGUGGCUCAAGAGGCUGCAGAGGGCACCCACUACCUGCUCCACAUCACCCUGAGGCUGAAGUGUAUCACUAAUGACAAAAAGAAUCACCAGAGUUUAAAAGAAGCAGUGAAAAAAUGUAAAGAAUUCCUAGAAAUUUGCAGCAUCAAACAGUUCUACAGCAACCCCUUCAAAAUUGCAAAGGUCUUUGAAGUUUUUCUCAGUCCAAAUGAACUUGGUCAUUUUAUAGUGACUACCUUGGAUGGGCUGAAAAAUCUGAAACGUCCUUGUACUCAACAAUCAGCAGGAGAGUUGCUGGUGACAUUGGUUAAAAGUGCUGAAACACGAUUUGAGAAGGUAUCAGACAUCAUAGGAGCUAUUUGCGUCCGGCUGCCCGUCAUCAGUCAACCUAAUGCCCGCCAACAGGCCUUGAGCAUUGUGAGCCUGUUCAUCUCCAGGCCCAAGUAUACAGAUGUGGUGCUCAACCACCUAUUGUUUCAUCCAAUUCCAUUUGACAGACAUUUGUCUGAGUUGUGGAGGACUCUUGAUGUUGACUUGCCCAACACUACUUGGAUUCUGUGGAGACUGCUGCGGAAGCUUCAGGAGUGUCACACUGGGUAUUAGGAAAAGAUGGACUAUGUAGCUGUGGCGGCAACCGAUGCUCUUUAUGAGGUAUUUGUGGGAAAUAAGCUCUGAGCAGCAAUGUGUUGACUUUUCCCGCAACUCCUCAUGGCCCUCCUCAUUCAGGUCCAUCACAGCAUUGGCCUUACAAUGUCAGAUAUCACUAUCCCAAAUGGUGUGUAUACCAAGGAAGAAGUGACUUCCACCUCUACCCCUUUGAGCUUUGCCAUGCAAGCUACCAAGACCCUCCUCCUAAGAACAGCAUGUCGGUAUGAAUUUGAUGCCAUGGAAAAGAAAAAAGGAUGGAAGCUUCUAGAAGGAGAAAAUUUUCAUCUUGAAGGAGUGUCUCUUCUUGCCCAUGCUUUAUUGGAAAACCAUGAUAUCCUUGCUCAUAAGGUCUUAUACUUGCUAAUUCCUUUACUUAAUCGAGGGAAUGAGAAACAUAGACUUACAUCUGCAGCCUUCUUUGUUGAGCUUUUCCAGAGUCCACUGGCCAAGAGGCUUCCUAGCAGAUAUACCAUCACUCGAUUAGAAGAAUGGCUGCACCAUGAAAAUCAGCAAUUCAGAGUCCUCAGCCUGAAAGGAAUAGACAACCUUCUCUGUCAUCAUCAAGGAAAGGAAGCUAUCAAGGGCAUGAUACGUCUUCUUAGCAGUUUAAGUGAAACAGAUGAAAGGAUUGUUUUAUUGUCCAUCAAUAUACUCCGAAAUCUCCUUAAUUCCAUGGACUUUACUACACUCAAAACUACCAUGCAGGCCCUAUUCUCCCUAUUUAGUGAUGCUAGACCAAAUAUUCAUCUUUUGGCUAUGAACCUCUUUGGAGACUCCAUUAAGGUGGCGAAACGCAAGGAUAAAAAGGACAUAGAGGGCCAAAUUCUAGAGAGCUUGAUUCCAUUGCUUCUCCAUUUGCAGGAUGAAGAUGAUGCUGUUGCUGAGGAGAGCUGUAGGGUUCUUACUAUAUGUUGCCAGUUCUUAAAAUGGAAGCUGCCACAAGAAGUGUACAAUAAAGAUCCUUGGCACAGCAAUUCUUCUGGAAUAGGAGUAGUCUGCAAAUUCUUUGAACAAAAAUGUAGGGGGAAAUGUAACAUUAUGAUGCAGACCAUAAAGUAUACCCAAAACCAUCAAGUCCAUUUAAGAAGGGCAGCAGUACUCUUUACAGGGCUCUUAGCUAAGUACACAGACCACUGUCAACUCCGUAUAAAGGGCACUGAGUGGAUAGAGGAUGUUCUGAGACCUCUGCUGCAUGAUGCUGAGCCUUCUGUGUGUAUCAUUGCAUCCCAGGCCCUUUGCAGAGUACAAAAUGCAGGUGUAGAACCAGAGCCCAGACCUGUAAUGGGCAGGUUGAGAAAGCUUUUCAACUAUGUCUAUAAUUAGAAAUACUUGGGACCCACAAACAUCAGGUGAGAGCCAGCUCCAUGUAUCCACGUAUCUUCUAUACACAGAUAGAAGCUUUGACGCCCCUGACUUUUUCAUACUUAACAAAAGCAGUGAAUGAUCUGGGAUACCCACUACUUUACUUAAAUGACAGGACAUCUUUCUUGCAAACUCUGUGACGAGUUAGAAUAGUAAUAUAGGGUAGGGCAAACUUUAGAUUCUGUUUGAGGAAGCAAUGAAAUAAGUGCUACAUUUUGGACCUGUGCUGGAUUUGCUGGAAAAUCCAGAUAGAUACGUCAUAGCAGGUAAACACUGUUACAGUAAUGAGUGACUCCAGUCUAGUUAAUUCAGGAUGCUGUGGUCCAGGGAGAAGGGGUUGGGUUCCUUUCUGUAGUACAGGAGAACCUCUCUGCUUAUAUUUGUGUGGUGCCACUUUUGAAGCCUCAAGACUUACUAUUAUCUUUUUCCCCAUAGGCUAUACCACCAACAGGGAGAAAAGAACUCAAUAUAUAUGAUUUUUGUAUAGUUUACUUGAGAGAAACUUUCACUUAUGUCACUUAAGACUACUGUAUUUCAGCUAUUUAGAAAGGUUGAGGAAGUACUCAAUAAAAAUUAUGUUAGAGAUUUCAGAAGGAUCUGUUCACUUCAAAAUUUUUAUUAUUUUUAUAAAUGGAUUGUGUUUUUUUCUCCAAGAGUUGGCUUUAUAACCCUUAAUGAAAUCUCUGUGCUCUAAACAAAAAUUUCUGGAAUUUGCAUUUUGUUCAACUUCAGUGUAUUGAACUU